AUGUCCAACACGGCACCGUCCACCGCCGACGAGACGCCACCAUCAGCUGGGGACAAACGCCCACUCGACGACGAGCCCGAUCCCCAGAGCAAAAAGGUCAAGAGCAAAAAGGCCAAGAGCAAAAAGGUCAAGACCGUGCCGGCUCACCCAGAUUGGAACGAUACCAGCAACGGUAUCCGGCUUGUGAGCAGCGACGAUGUAGCGUUCUUUGUUCCGAUAUACCUACUUCAGACUGGGAGCACGGUCUUCCGAGAGAUGUUCAGCGUCGUCGUGGUGCAGAAUCCUUCCUCCCAAACUCUUUCCCCUCAUCCAUCAGCUACCUCAGCCACCCAAACACACAGUAUCGAGAUGACCGAUACCGAAUUCGAAACCUCCGGCACCAUCCACAUGUUUCUGAACGCCGUCCAAGGUAUCUCGCUCCGCUCCUACGUCAACAACGUACCUGUCUUCGAUCGUGUCCAGGUCAUCGAGUCUCUGCUCCGCUUCGCCCAGAAGUGGGAAAGUGGCCCAGCGCUCGCUGCAUACGAGAGGGUCUUGAUGGAUGAAGCGACAAAGUCUUUUUGGAAAGAGCUGUCUCGAGCCCCUCGACAUUUUUGCCUUGGCGGCUCUUGGUGA